UGUUUUUUUUUAUUAUUAUUAUAUUGAAGUAUAAUUUUAAGGCUAUUUGAACAGAAAUUAGUUAGGUUAUUUAACGUUUUAGUUACUGUAGUAAAUUAGGAGUAAAUUAUGAGUGUACCAGUGAUAAUCAUUUUUUAAUGAGGUGUAUCAAAAAUAAAAGCCAAAAGCUAAAGUGUAUCAAUGAUAAUAUCCCAAAAAAAAAAAAUCAUAUAGAGCUUUUUAUAUUGCACACGUGUCUCCUAACUUGUACUUCGUAUAUCAUAAGUUUUUAAACCUUUUUAGAAGAACAAGAAAAAAAAAAAAAAAAAAAAAAAAAAAAAAAACAUGAUCUCAAUUCCAGUUUCGGCUCUAAAACGCGCGAAAAUGGUGAAAUUUUUUUGCCUCCAACACUUUCCUAUACUACGAAUCAGAUACUUUGUGUUGAUCUGCUUGCUUUCUACACGGUUACAUACUUACUUGAGUUAGUUCCUCUGUGCUCAGGUGAUGGGUUAAUUAAUCUGAUAUUUGUUUUGUAAUUUCUCUGCUAAUUUGUUGGUUUUCUCUGCACUCAUACUGCUUAAGUCUUCGUUAUUGUUCUUCGUACUCCAGUUAUAAGUCACCAUUGACCCUUUACUUGUUUAUAAUUGGUUAAUUUUGAUGUUUGAUUGAUUUUGAUCGACCACCUAACUAAGUUACGGUGUUUUUCUUUUCAAUUUAGCUUUUCUUGGCAAUUAGCCAUUGAUGAAGAUGAUCAAUAGCUGAUAAAUUUAUUUUGUUCUAGAUUUAAUUAUGAAUUACCAUCGUCGUAAAUAAAUUAUAUGUGUCGAUUUUGAUCUAUUGAUUGUGUUAUCGAUGGAUGGCAGAUUUUCAUCGGAUGGUGUAUAUUACAGACCAACUUGUUUUGAUGUUUGCAUGAAAACAAAUAAUUUUGGUGAUUCAAAUAUAAAUUAGAAGCAAUGAAAUACACUGAAAUGAAGGAAAUCUCUAGUAAAUAUUACAGCCAUCUGUUUUAGUUGGCUGAGUAUAUUGUUGUAAGUAGUGAUUUGUUUGUAAGGCUUAGUUGUGUGUUGGUUAUUAAAUCAAGGCAGUAGCUAUUCUAUGUAAUCAUCAUAAAUGCAUUACGAAGCAAUUAUUACUCUAUGUAAUCUUUUUUACCGUCUUUCAGUCCAGCCAAUUUCCUCAUGGUAGGAACUUGGGGUCACCCCGCCAGUUAUCUAGUAUGCUUGGUUCAAGAUGGAAAGGAAAUGCAUUAUCAUACCCUUUAGGGACUUCGGUUGUGAGAUUAAAAGAAACCCCAUCCUUUCUCUUUUACUCUCAAUGUCUUCUUUACCUAUAGGAAACAAGCUUCAAAAACCUAUCACCCUACUCAUCGAUCUAUCUAUGGAUGAAGGUAUAAAAGUGUUUAAAAUUUGCCCAUGAAUUUUUACAGUUUAACUAAAUUAAGGCCUGUUCUGAUUGAUUGAACUGAACUGAAUAUUUUAUGAGAUGAGAGAAGGAAAUUAAGAUAUGAAUUGUACUUAUUAGAGCUAAACUAAAAUGAACUAAAAAUAAGUUAAAGAGAACAGGCCUAAGUUAAACUAAACUUAUUGGAGCUAAAGUGAACUGAAAAUAAGCUGAAGAGAACAGGCCCUAAGUACAUAGUAACUUUUUUUUUUUUUUAAAUAGUAAGAUGUUACUAAUUUAACAAAUAAAUUUUACUAUUUUACAAUUGAGCAAAUGCAAAUGCCAAAAAAAAAAAAAAAAAAAAAAAAGAGAGAGAGAUAAGAGUGGGGAAUGGGUGUGACAUAAUGGUCUGGACUAAUGUGUGUCUGCCAGGGAACUCUUCUGUCAAUGUUCCUUCUCCCGUGCCGCAAAGUGACUUGAACCUUUGGGUUAGUGACUUGAUUGAUUAUGAGACGAUGUUGUGGUGUAGGGAUGUAUCAUGUUUUACAGGAUAACAUCAAUGCUGCUGAUCAGGCCCAAAUUCUAUCCUUGCACCUGCCUGUUAGGUGCUCCAGUGACAGAAUGUUUUGUUGGCCGGCAAAAUCUGGUGAGUAUAACGUUAGAUCAGCUUACUGGCUUAGCAAACAAGGGUCGAAUGGUGUCUGUAACCAGCAGGCUGGUACGAUCUAGAAUCUCAUUUGACGAGCAAUUUUAUGGACAUUGGCUCCUCCACUGACUGCUCGCCUUGGUUGUUCCAAUGUUAUGCUAGAAAGUGAUUUUUUGUUGGUUGUGAAUGGGGUCUUUACUCUUUAGGAAGGCACAUAGGCAUGAUAAAGGCUUGCUGAUUGAAGAUAUUUCUUUUUUGUCUCAAUAUUGUAAUGCUUUUCUUAUAUCUCAUGUUAAAAGAGAGGGAAAUACUCUAGCUAAUUUUGUAUCGAGGUGGGAUACUAGAGGUUGUACCGAAUUCGUUUGCUUAGGUCCUAUCCCUCAAGGUGUUUUAGCCUUGGCGGAAAUUGACCUCCUGUAAUAUAUCUCCCUGCCAGAUUUCUUAAAAAAAUUAAAUAAAAAUAAAUAAAUUCAUAUAAUGGGAGGUGUGUCCAUCUAUAUCAUUGGUUAUUAUAUGAUCUCUCUAAUAGAAAUAUCAAGAUUCUCAACCUCUCUUACUCUAUCAAGUUGCUUAAUUUUAUUUUUCCAAAUAAUAUUCUACAGACUACAGUAUCAAGUUGUUGAAUAUAUACUUCAUAAUUUCAUUGAAUAUAUCCAAAAUCUAAUUGCCAUUUAGUGAGUAGAGAAUCUAUGCUUUAUCUAAAUGCCCCAAAAAAGUGGGUGCACCAUGAUGCAUUAUUAAAUGUUUGUGAUAUUAUUCGUGCUAAUUAUUCUGAAAUUCCUUGCCAAAUUACAUGGCCACAAAUUAUAUUCUACUAGAUCACAUUUUUUUCAGCUAAGCAUUUUAUCAAACAGUUGUAUGCAAGAAUUAUUGGGGUACUAUAUCAGUAAUAAUAGCAAAUCUUUUGUUGACUCUAUACUCCCAUGAAUUUCUUACUGUUAUGGCAGCAAAAUCAUUUAGCUAAGAGUAUUUUGAUGCAUUAAUUUCCAUUAUGAAUGUAAUCAAGAACAUUUAAUUAUAUUUUUUUUUUAUGUAGCAUAUGGCAUCAAAAUCUGGGUUUUUUUUACUCUAAUGUCAUCAAGAAUUCAAUUUGCCAUUUUUCAGAUGGGUUCCCUUCAUUAUGUUUUGGUGAGAAAAGACAACUUUUGGUGCUGGUAAAAAUGAUGUGAUUUGGCCUUCAUUGACUUGCUAGAUUCUAUAGAGAAAUAAAAGUUGUAUAAUACUGAUGGAGCGUCUCUGGAAUUUAUAUUGUGGACAGUCUGAUUGUUUGAUUAUCGAUACAGAACUUUGCACUCGAGUGCAAUUUGAGUUUGUGACCCAUCCUUCCUCAUGUGUCAAUCAUGCCUUUAUCAUUUUCUUUGAUAUACUGCUUCUUUCAGGGCUCUUAGUUAACAUGAUUUGUAAAAUUAAUUCCAAGAGAGUCGGGAUAUGGACUCGUUAUAGAAGCUUUUCAACCUUGCAGAUAGCAUCAGUUAUUCUUAAUGGCUGUUUGGGACUACUUUACAUAGGCUUAGGAACUUGGAUUUUGGUGAUGAAGUUGAGAAAUGAUCAUUCUGCUUCACCAAUUCAUUGGUGGGUCUUAUAUUUUUUCCAAGGGUUUACUUGGGCAUUGGUGGGACUAACAACUAGCCUUAAAGUAGAGUACUUCUCAAGAGCCCCAUUGCGAAUCUUCUCCAUUUUUGCAUUUCUCUCUGCUGGGAUGUUCUGCUUCUUAUCUCUUUUUGCUGCCAUAGUUAACAAUCAAACAACAGUCAAAGUGACCUUGGAUAUACUGUCUUUCCUAGGUGCAACUUUACUGUUAUUAUGUACUUACAAGGGGUUCAUAAAUGAAGAAGAUGGAGAGGACAAUGAAAGUACCCUUUACACUUUACUGAAUGGUAAGGCUAAUGGUAGCUGUAAAUUUGAUUCAGCAGUCCAAGUCUCUCCAUUUGCUGAAGCUGGGUUAUUUAGUAGGUUGACAUUUUGGUGGUUGAAUCCUUUGAUGAAAUUGGGUAAGUUGAAGACAAUUAAGGAUGAGGAUAUCCCCAAACUAAGGGAUGUAGAUAGAGCUGAGUUUUGUUACUUGCAGUUCGAGAACCAAUUAAAUAAACAGAAACAAGAUGAACCUUUUUUACAAUCCUCAAUGUUGUGGACUAUUGUCGCGUGCCAUUGGAAUGAUAUACUGCUUUCUGGGUUCUGUGCUGCUUUGAAGAUACUUACCCUGUCAACUGGUCCUCUUUUGCUGAAUGCUUUCAUUGAGGUUGCAGAGGGCAAAGAGGCUUUCAAAUACAAAGGCUAUCUUUUGGCGCUUGCACUCUUCUUGUCAAAGACCUUAGAAUCUCUGUCACAGAGACAGUGGUACUUCCGAUGCAGAUUGAUUGGCCUGAAAGUGAGGUCUUUGCUUACUGCCACGAUUUACAAGAAGCAGCUACGAUUAUCAAAUGCUGUGAGGAUGAUGCACUCUGCUGGUGAGAUAAUGAAUCAUAUUACUGUUGAUUCCUAUAGGAUUGGCGAGUUUCCUUUCUGGGCUCACCAGAUUUGGACUACAAGCCUUCAGCUUCGCAUUGCAUUAUUUAUUCUAGUACAUUCGGUGGGACUUGCAACACUUGCAGCACUAGCCAUAAUAAUUUUAACAGUUCUUUGUAAUCACCCCCUUGCAAAGUUACAACAUAAAUUGCAAAGUAAUCUCAUGGUUUACGCACAGGAUGCUAGACUGAAGGCUUACUCCGAAGCUCUUGUGAACAUGAAGGUGCUUAAACUGUAUGCAUGGGAGACGCACUUCAAAAAUGUAAUUGAGGGCUUGAGGAAAGUGGAAGUUAAAUGGUUAUCAGGUGUACAAAUGCGUAGGUCAUACAAUGGUUUUCUAUUUUGGUCAUCUCCCAUUUUGGUCUCUGCUGUUACAUUUGGGGCUUGUUAUUUUCUCGAAAUUCCUUUGCAUGCUAGCAAUGUUUUCACUUUUGUAGAAACAUUGCGUCUCGUUCAAGAACCUAUUAGAUCUAUCCCUGAUGUGAUCAGUGCGGUGAUUCAAGCAAAGGUUGCAUUUACACGUAUCGUGGAGUUUCUUCUGGAGCCAGAGCUUCUGACUCAGAAUGUCAAAAGGAAGAGCAGAAUGGAGAACUUAGAUCAUGCCAUUAAGAUGAGGUCCGCAAAUCUUUACUGGGAAACAAAUUCAUCAAAAUCAACAUUAAGGAAUAUAAACAUAGUUGUUCGACCUGGUGAAAAGGUUGCAAUAUGUGGAGAAGUUGGCUCAGGCAAAUCAACUUUACUAGCAGCAAUUCUUGGAGAAGUACCAUAUAUAGAGGGAACUGCUGCAGUUUAUGGAAAGAUUGCUUAUGUUUCCCAGAGAGCUUGGAUCCAAACAGGGACCAUACGUGAAAAUAUUCUUUUUGGGUCAUCCAUGAAUGAGCUAAGGUACCAAGAAACACUUUGGAGGUGUUCCUUGAUUAAGGAUCUUGACCUUCUUCCUUUCGGUGAUAUGACAGAAAUAGGAGAAAGAGGAGUUAAUCUAAGUGGUGGUCAGAAGCAACGAAUACAACUUGCUCGUGCAUUAUACCAAGAUGCUGACAUAUAUCUUUUAGAUGAUCCAUUCAGUGCUGUUGAUGCACAUACUGCAACUAGCCUCUUUAGUGAAUAUAUUAUGGAAUCUCUUUCUGGAAAGACUGUCUUACUUGUGACACAUCAAAUUGAUUUUCUUCCGGCAUUUCAUUGUUGUUUGCUCAUGUCAGAUGGGGAAAUUCUUCAGUCAGGGUCUUACCAUGAGUUGUUAGCUUCAAGUCCAGAAUUUUUGGACCUUGUAAAUGCACACAAAGAGACUGCUGGAACUGAAAAAAUACCUGACGGUGGAGCAUCUGGAAGACACAAUAGUUCUGCAAAGGAGAUCAAGAGAACUAUUGUAGAGAAGCAAUAUGAAGUGUCAGAAGAUGAUCAGUUGAUUAAACGAGAAGAAAGAGAAGUGGGUGACACUGGUCUUAAGCCAUACUUACUCUACCUAAAUCAGAACAAAGGCUACAUGUACCUCUCGAUAGGUAUUAUUUGCCACCUUAUCUUUGUUACAGGCCAGAUACUUCAGAACACUUGGAUGGCCUCUAGUGUUGAUAAUCCUCAUGUCAGCACAUAUAAGUUGAUUGUGGUUUACCUUGUCAUCGGAGCUUCCUCGACAUUAUUUUUACUCUUCAGAUGUCUUGCUGUUGUUGCAAUGGGCUUAAAUGCAUCUAAAUCCUUAUUUUCUCGGUUAAUGAAUUCUCUCUUCUGUGCUCCAAUGUCUUUUUAUGACUCCACACCUCUUGGAAGGAUACUAAGUCGGGUCUCUUCUGAUUUGGGGAUUGUUGAUCUUGAUGUUCCUUUCAGCCUUCUCAUUUCGAUAGAAACUACAAUAAUUGCGUAUGCUAAUCUAGGAGUGCUGGCAGUUAUUACUUGGCAAGUUUUGUUCGUCUGCAUACCAAUGAUUUAUUUGGCCAUACGAUUGCAGAGGUACUAUUUUGCGACAGCGAAAGAGUUGAUGAGAAUGAAUGGCACAACAAAGUCUUUAAUUGCCAACCAUUUAGCUGAAUCAAUAGCUGGAGCCACAACAAUAAGAGCUUUUGAGGAGGAAGAACGGUUCUUUGCCAAGAGUCUUGAUAUAAUUGAUAUGAAUGCAAGUCCAUUCUUCCACAAUUUUACAGCUAGUGAAUGGCUGAUUCAGAGGCUUGAGACCCUCAGUGCCACUGUUCUUGCAGCUGCAGCUUUGUGCAUGGUUUUUCUCCCCACUGGAACUUUUAGCUCUGGUUUUAUUGGAAUGGCCCUAUCAUAUGGUCUUUCGUUAAAUGUGUUUCUGGUUAAUUCAAUCCAAAAUCAAUGCACAUUAGCCAACAAUAUCAUUUGUGUGGAGAGGCUUGAUCAAUACAUGCAUAUUCCCAGUGAAGCUCCAAAAGUCAUUGAAGACUGCCGCCCUCCAGAAAACUGGCCUUCAGUUGGUAAAGUGGAGAUAUGCAAUCUACAGAUAAGAUAUAGACCAGAUACACCACUGGUUCUUAAUGGCAUCAGUUGCACAUUCAAAGGGGGCAACAAAAUCGGUAUUGUGGGUAGGACUGGCAGUGGAAAAACUACUCUAGUAGGGGCUUUAUUUCGGUUGGUGGAACCAGCGGCAGGGAAGAUAAUAGUGGAUGGUAUCAAUAUAUGCUCGAUAGGACUUCAUGAUCUACGGUCACGUUUUGGGAUUAUUCCACAAGAUCCUACUCUCUUUAAUGGAACUGUAAGAUUCAAUUUGGAUCCAUUGUGUCAGCAUAAUGAUGUAAAGCUCUGGGAGGUUCUAGGGAAAUGUCAGCUUAAAGAGGUUGUCCAAGAUAAAGAGCAGGGCCUAGAUUCCGCGGUUAUGGAGGAUGGAUCAAAUUGGAGCAUGGGACAGCGACAACUAUUUUGUCUAGGACGUGCUUUAUUGAGAAGAAGCAGGGUAUUGGUGCUUGAUGAAGCAACUGCAUCAAUAGAUAAUGCAACCGACAUGGUUCUGCAAAGAACCAUACGAUCGGAAUUUGCAGAUUGUACUGUGAUCACAGUAGCCCACAGGAUACCAACCGUGAUGGAUUGCGCAAAAGUCCUUGCCAUUAGUGAUGGAAAAUUGGUUGAAUAUGACAAUCCUAUGGAGCUAAUGAAGAAGGAAGAUUCACUAUUUGGCCAACUUGUGAAGGAAUAUUGGUCUCAUUUCCAAUCUGCAGAACAAACUCAUUGAAUUAUAGCAGCCACGCCUUACUAAAUAUACUUCACUUGUACAUGCUGCAGAAAUGCAGCUCGGUAGAUUACAAGUGGUACCGAUGAAAAUAACAAGCUCGGCUGAUGAAAUUUCGAUGCAUCGGUAUUUUUUUCCCUUUCCCCUGCUUUCUGCGUCAGGUAUAGCUUUAAACAUUUCAGAUAUGCUUUUUUGACUAUCUGGUCAUGCUUAUAUGAGUUAUAUCAGCUUAAAGGAUUUUCCCUCCUGCAUAUUUCGUAUCUGUUUGUGCUAACUGUUAUAUAUUUAAAGUUUGAGAGACUAUUUCUACAAUUUGUAUUAUGUAAUUAUAAUACAAGCAAUUAAGAAUCACUGUCAACUUGUAUAGUUGUAUUUGCACGUUACAAUUGUAUUUGAAUUGCAUUGAAUUUGUAAGAAAAAUUGUUAGAUAGUAUCAGGUUUUUGUGAGAUUAUACACAAGUGUUUCUCGUACAUGUAUUGAGACGUGACUAUACAUGAGUAUAUGACUAAUACUCUAAAAAAAACGAUUUUCGGCAGCUCAUGUAACUAAUUUAACACAUGAAUCAUGCUCCAUUAUUGUACAAUUGUGCUUACUUCUACAUUAAUAAUUCAUCUUAGAGGUGUAACUUUUGUUGAAAACUUAAAAAACUAUGUCAGCCAAUAUCUAGACUAGCAUAUCUAAUUUUGUAUUAUUACUUAAUAUAUAAAAUAAAUGGCUCUUAUUUUCUCAAAAAAAAAAAAAAAAAAAAAUAAAUGGCUCUUAUGACCUCAAUGGCACAUAAUGAAUUAAGAUAGUAGCGUGCAAUGUCAUACAUUAGGUAAUUUAUAUCUAUGGCUUUGGCCUUUGUCUGAAAAAAAAACAUCAAAAUGUGAUGAUAUUUGAUCUAUUUUAAAAUAUAUAUACGAAUAUUUGCAAAUAUUAAUAUCAAGUGACACCCUUAUUGGAAAAAUACACUUUAAUAAUUUCAACUAAGGUUUAUUAUCUAAUAAUCCCAACUAUGUUAAUUUAUAUCUAUGGCUUUGGCCUUUGUCUGAAAAAAAAAAUCAAAAUGUGAUGAUAUUUGAUCUAUUUUAAAAUAUAUAUACGAAUAUUUGCAAAUAUUACUAUCAAGUGACACCCUUAUUGGAAAAAUACACUUUAAUAAUUCCAACUAAGGUUUAUUAUCUAAUAAUCCCAACUAUGUUAUGUGUUUGCCUAGAGUAGUCCCAACCGGUCAACAUCAAGUCAAUGACUUGUUGUAGCAGGUAAUCAAUCCACGUGUCACCACCUGAUUAGUCUAAAAUUAGAAAAAAAAUUAAAAAAAAAAAGGAAAUUCUUUUUUUUUUUUUGAGAGAAAGAAAAAAUAAUGAAAAAAACCAAAAAAAAAACCUGUAGCCACCACCCAUUCCUUUUCCGCCACUGUGAAGCCCAGACUCAGUCCUCCGACCGUCUCCCCUUACCCCUGAAACCCCCCAUUCCCGACCUUUCAGCAUCUCGCUUCCUCCAUUGUCUGAUGCGCCGGAAAACCCUAUAAUAACCAUCCCGAAAUCCCUGCCUCGACCCCGAAAAACCCUUAGCCACGCCGAAAAACUAUCUAUCUACACCGAAAACCCAACCCCGACCCCAAUAUAGCCACCUCCUUUCUCGUUGGUUUCACGGGGAUAGGGGUGGCUGGGAAAUCGUUUUUGUUUUUCUUGCUUUUUUUAAAAAAAAAAAAAUAUUGCACUAAUCAAGUAUUGACACGUGGCUUUUAAAAAUAAAAAUAAAAAAUUUACACCUUCAGCAGGUUACAGGUCAUUAGGACUACUCCAGGCAAACACAUAGCAUAGUUGGGGUUAUUAAAUAAUAAACCCUAGUUGAGAUUAUUAAAAGUAAAUUACAGAUAGUUGGGAUUAUUAAAGUGUAUU